GGCUCAGAAAUAUCUUAUAAAUGGAUGUAUUUUCGGAGAAUCUCCCAAGUUUACCUCCAGAUAGGGAGAUUGAAUUUGCUAUUGAUCUUGUUCCUGGCACUAGGCCUAUUUCCAAAGCCUUGUACUAUAUGGCUCUUGUGGAGUUGAAGGAGUUAAAGGUCCAGCUGGAGGAACUCCUUGAGAAAGGGUUUACACGACCUAGUGUGUCACCUUGGGGAGCUCCAAUGUUGUUUGUUAAAAAGAAAGAUGAGAGCAUGAGACUGUGCAUAGAUUACCAAGAACUAAAUAAGUUGAAGAUUAAACCUAAUGAUGUGCCAAAGACUGCCUUCCGUAUCCACUAUGGUCACUAUGAAUUCCUGUUUAUGCCUUUUGGCUUAACAAAUGCCCCUGCAAUAUUUAUGGAUUUGAUGAAUCGAGUAUUUAACAAGUACCUAGAUAAGUUUGUGGUUAUCUUUAUUGACGACAUUUUGAUUUACUCUUUUAGCCAUGCUUUUCAUGAAAAGCACUUAAGGACAAUUCUCGAGAUAUUGAGAAGUGAAAAGCUGUUUACUAAAUUUAAGAAGUGUGAAUUUUGGCUAGAUAAUGUUGCAUUCCUAGGUCACGUUGUGACUAAGGAUGGAAUCUCCGUUGACCCCCAAGAGAUUGAGGCCGUGGUAGAUUGGAAAAGGCCGAAUAGUGUUGUAGAAGUCUGUAGUUUUCUGGGAUUGGCUGGUUAUUACCGUCGAUUUGUGGGUGAUCUCUCUAGAAUUGCUUUGCCAAUGACCCGUUUGAUCAGGAAGGACACCAAAUUUGAGUUGACUCUAGAGUGUGAGAAGAGCUUUUUGACCCUUAAAAAGAAACUGGUCACUGUUCCUAUACUCGCACUUCCCAUCAAUGAGGAAGGAUUCACUAUAUAUAGUGAUGCCUCUAAAAAGGGUUUGGGAUGUGUCUUGAAGCAGAAAGAUAAGAUUAUUGCAUAUGCUUCACAGCAGUUAAAGCCUUAUGAAGAAAAUUACCCAACCCAUGAUCUAGAGUUGGUAGCUGUGAUAUUUGCACUCAAGAUUUGGAGGCAUUAUCUAUAUGGUGAGACUUGUGAAAUUUUCACCGAUCACAAGAGUCUCAAGUAUAUUUUCACUCAAAAGGAGCUUAACAUGAGACAGAGGCGAUGGCUAGAACUUUUGAAAGAUUAUGACUUGACCAUUAGCUACCAUCCAGGCAAAGCCAAUAAAGUAGCAGAUGCGUUGAGUAGGAAGUCCUCUGGCACUGCCUCUAGCAUCCUUGCCACCUAGAAGGAGUUACUUGAGAAUCUUGUGAAACUGGAUGUGGAGUUGAGAGUGGAUAGUACUACAACUUAUCUAACUACUCUUAGUGCACAACUGGCAUUAAUUGAUAGAAUUAAAGUUGCCCAACAAAAAGAUCCUUUCUUGCAAAGAUUGAAGGAAAAAGUAAAGACUAGAGAUCAUGCUUUAAGGCAUGAGAUUAUGGGAGAUGCCCAUAAUACUAGUUACAUAGUUCACCCAAGUAGCACCAAGAUGUAUCUUGACUUGUGUAGUACAUUUUGGUGGCGGAAUAUAAAGAGGGAGAUAGC